CUGGUCGAGUAAAAACAGUCAUUGCCCCGGUCCACGAUUCUCAAUCUCCGGUUCGUUGUCGAAUUCGUCGCCGCGUCACCAAAUAAAGUACCGGACACCGCCCCCCUCGUUGUUAUACAGUACACCGCCGGGACAUUGAGGUCAUCGUCGCAUUGCGCCUUACAACAAACCAUUAUCCGAACGUCUCUAUAUAACCGCUCGCGACCUGGCCUGAACCACAUUCAUGGUGGCUUACUCUUCCCGUUCACCCUCUUUCCAAAAACCAUACACAUACCCCGACCCCCCACGGAAAAUGGCCCGCUUCAGAGCCAGCAAUAUCCUCGGCGACCCGUUUGCGCUCGCGACAGUUUCCAUCUCGAUCCUCGCAUGGCUGAUCGCUUUCAUCUCGUCCAUCAUCACCGGCAUCCAUGGCGGCUAUCCCACCUAUUCGUGGUGGGCCGUCGCCUACUCGUUUUGCUGCAUUGUGGGCAUGAUGAUCGUCUUUGGGACCGACACUGGCACUGUCUAUAACAUCGCGAUUGUGGGGUAUCUUUCCGCCGGUCUGGUCAUUACCACUAUCUCGAUCAACUCGUUAGUAUAUUCGAAUAAUGCGGCCAACCAAGCCGCCGGAGCUGGGUUUAUUCUCCUGGCUAUGGUUAUUAUUAUCUGGAUCUUUUACUUCGGCUCGAGCCCUCAGGCAACUCACCGCGGCUUUAUCGAUUCGUUUGCCCUCCAGAAGGAAGGCGCUGGCUCGUACGGGAAUAGCAGGCCUAUGUCGACCGCGUUCGGUAACCGCCCUGAAACGACCUCCAGCCAGCCACCGCAGAUGUACACGUCCGCCCAACUCAAUGGCUUCGAGACUUCGUCGCCCGUGUCGGGCUAUCCCGGAGGAGCCGCUGGCUCCGAGCACCGCAGCUCGCAGCCGCGCUUUGCCAACCAGUCGGCCACCAACCUGGCCCCUGGCACGACGGCUCCUCCGCCGGACGAGGUACCCCAGCCGACCGAGUACCCGUACCGCGCCAAGGCCAUCUACUCCUACGAGGCCAACCCCGAAGACGCCAACGAAAUCAGCUUCGCCAAGCACGAAAUCCUAGAGGUAUCAGAUGUGAGCGGAAGAUGGUGGCAGGCCAGGAAACCCAGCGGAGAAACCGGUAUUGCUCCAUCCAACUACCUGAUCCUGUUGUGAUCAGAGCGCGGAACAAGACACGGUGUCACGUCCCUUUCCUUUUUUGUUUCUGUCUGUCUUUUCUGGUCUGUCUUGGAUCUCGCCCCCGUUUGCGGGCGAGAGAAAAAUCAGUUUUUGAUACCCUUCGAGUAGUAUCACUCGGCGCGAUUCUGGUUUACAAAGUCCCGUUACGUCUUGAUGGCCUUCUUUUCUUCUUU